AACAAUUUGCAGCUGCAAGCCGCCUCUUCCCCUCCCUCUUGGUCGCCAAGAAGCCCAGUCCAAUCCAGUACGGGUUUCUGUGCUGUAGCUGACAGCAGGCACCUGGCUGACAAGAAACUGAUCUCGACCGUUUCUACUCUUCUUAUUCUCUGGAAAUCUCAACUUGGACUCUGUGCCCAUUAAGACAACGUCCUCGAAACGGCGCCUGUCCUGACAAACGACUCAAGAUGCCGUUUUUAUUCACAGUUGGCUUCGUCUUCUGGCGAUUCGUCGAAAUUGUCACUUUGGCUCCCAUCGUGGGCAUGCUCGGCUACUUCGUCAAUGGCUACGUCAACGCCAACGUGAUGACCCCCGACUACAUCUUGAUACUCUUCAUAGUAUCCGUGUUAGCCCUGGCUUGGGCAAUAUUCACCCUCUUCUCCUACCACAGGAGCAGCACCAACGCGCGGUUUGUCGCCUUCAUUGAUAUCUGCUUCGUUGGCGCAUUCAUCGCCGGCGUCUAUUACCUCCGCUUCAUCUCGAACGCCGACUGCAGCCACAUCGCCGCCGGCUCUGGCUACGACAUCGAUUUUGGUAUCUUCGGCACGUACUAUGGCAACAGGUAUCACGUCGACACAAACAAGACCUGCGCCCUGCUCAAGGCCUCGUUCGCAUUUGGUAUCAUGGAGUGCAUCUUCUUCUUCUUUACCGCCAUCCUGGCCUGGAUUCACGGCGACCGCAUGGCCAAGGAGCGCACCACCAAGCGCUACUACCGCGAGACCCACUACUCGCGCCGCGGCCACAGGAGAAGGAGCUCUCAUGGAAGCCACAGGAGCCACACCAGCCGCCGAUCGAGCCAGUCGCGCCGGAGGGUCUACGUCUAGGGGCGGAACACACCGGGGCCGCAAACUUCGGAUGUUCGGAGGGUGUUGCCGCACUGUCAUUGAAUCGAAUCAGAUUUAGUGAUCGGGACAGGGAGCGGGAUGACAAUAGCGGGCAGGCUUUUUGAUCCACGGGUUUUGAUUUAUUUCCUUUACUGUUAUUCGGUGAUCUUGACGUGGGACACCCUUCUUUCUAUGGCUUGAUGUUGAUAUUCGGAUAGGCUGCUCUAGGUAGCCUUCUUGAUGACUUAUGAUUGAUUACAAGGCCUUUGGCGAUACAUGCAGGAUAAUUAUGAAUUGGGGACUUGCUGCAGAGGCGGGGCUGCUUCACUCUAGAUCUGGCCACUCCAAUAGAGCCGCUUCUCGGAAUAGGUUCCAACCAAAUUCUCAGUUC